AUGGACAUUGGUCAACCGAUAUCAAUAUGGUAUAUUGGUGGUGGUAUGCCAUCCGAUUUGCCUACUGCUUUAAAAAUGGAAACAUCAGAAUUGGAAUUAAUUGAGAAGGAUUUAGAAUCUACUCAAUACAUUAAUAAUCAACAAAAAAUUUUUCGUUCGUUUCAUACAACAUCCAAACAUGUUAGCGGAACCUUUAACGAAGUUAUAUCACCAAAACCUGCAUCACCAAUUUCAUUCAAUAUGACAGAAAAUGGUGAUAACAUUAAGAAACAUAUCAAUAAUAAGGUUUUUGUUGAACUAUAUGAUUUGGAUUUACAAAAGGGUGGAGAGUGGACGGAAACAGCUCGUUGGAUUAAAUACGAAGAGGAUGUUGAAGGAACGGAUCAUCAUUGGGGUCAACCACAUGUUGCAUUCCUUUCAUUUCAUGCUUUACUCUCUUUACGAAAAUUUAUGCGGACAGGUAUGAUUUUACUUGACUGUAAAGCAAAAACAUUUGUUGACGUUUGUGAUCAGGUAGCUAAUGCAAUGAUUUCUGAAGGAAUUACUUGUAAGAGAAGAGAUAUCAUGCAAAUUUUAGCAAUGAAACAAGCACAUCCUUUAUCACGUCGAAUGACUGCUUUAUCAUUAGCUGGUUCAGUUUUCGAUCGACGUUCUGAAUGUAAUUUA